UAUUCACUUUUCUUUUGGAUAAUUCUAUAUCCACGUCCUCAUCAUCUUCUUCUCCUAUCCUUCUUUCUUCCUUCGCCUUCAUUGAAGCUUCAAAGAAACCCUUCUUCCCAAAAAAAACCUUCCAAGCUUCUCUCUUUCUCUUCCACCCUCCCAACCCAUAAAUCCCACAGUAAAAAGAAAAAACAAAAAAAACUUCAUCUUUUGUUGUUUCAAUCCUGCACUUUUUCGUUCAAAAGGGCAACUUCUGUCGUUUAUUAGGGUUUCCUUUCUCGAUUUGUAACCUAAUCCUUGUUUUGGCUCUUUUCUUUUGUAAAUCCAAAAGGGUUUUCUGCUCUGGCUUUAGGGUUCUCAUUUUGUUUCCAAAAUCAUGGCUGUUUCGUUCAAGUUGGGUCUCCUAGUUUCUGGUUCUUAUGAGAGCAUCACCAGACAAAGAGAAAACAAUGGUGUUCUUAGGUUCAACCAUUUUAAUGGAGGUUUGCACUUCAGUCCAGAUUUUCUAGGGAAACCCAUUUCCCUAAUAGAUCAAAAGGGUUCCAGAAAUUUAUCUCUACAGGCACAAUCUUCAAAUUAUGUGAGCAAGUUCUUGAGAUGGUGGGAAAAGACUUCUGAACCAAAUAUGGUGGAAAUUCAUUCAGCCCAAGAACUUAUUGAUUCAUUGUUGAAUGCUGGUGAUAGAUUAGUCAUAGUUGAUUUCUAUUCCCCUGGUUGCGGCGGUUGCAAAGCCUUACACCCAAAAAUCUGUCAACUGGCUGGAUUAAACCCAGAUGCUAUAUUCUUGAAAGUGAACUAUGAAGAGUUAAAGAAAAUGUGUCAAAUCCUCCAUAUACAUGUGCUUCCAUUCUUUAGAUUCUAUAGAGGUUCUGAAGGAAAGCUUUGUAGCUUCAGCUGCACAAAUGCAACCAUAAAGAAAUUCAAAGAUGCAUUGGCAAAGCAUGGGGUUGAUAGGUGCAGUAUUGGACCAGCAAAAGGUGUAGAACAAACCGAGAUAUUAAAACUGGCUGCUGUUGGAGAAAUAUCUGAGAAAAGGCAGAGCUUUAAUGCAGAUUUGGUUCUGAAAGGUAACAGUGGCGGGUGGUGGAGCUAGAUGGUGUUGAUGAUGAUGGAUUAGUGAAAGAGGAUAUUAAUUAGUAUAAUAAUAAUAAUAAUAGCUAAUUAUGAAAAAUGUAAAUAUAUAUUAUAUAAUAGAGAUGAUUGAUGAUUUAGGGUUUCUUUUUCAUUUUCUUCUCCAUUUUUUUGGUGGUGAAUCAACCCAGAUUUUAGUAGAGGUCGGUUUGUCAUUGAGAUCUAUGGUUAGUAAUUUUUAUUGUAAUUCUAUUUGUUUAUACUUAAUAAUAAAGCAAUUCAUCCAUUUUCAAUUUGUUUUAUAAAAGACAUGAAUUUGUGAUAAAAGAAUGAUCAUGUUUUUGCA